AUGCACCUUCUUGCUUCUUUUGCUGGUCUGCCAAGGUUCAAGAUUGCAGACCAAAAUCUGUUCGUUUCAAGUUGUAGACGUGCUCACAGUCACCGGAUAGUCCAGACCCCCCUCACUGGUCUUGUCCACCCGCUUGGCCUACCUGAACACUGCAGCAAUGCCAGGUCAACCUGGCGAAGGAAACCGAGAUGGCGGGCUCUAUGGACCGGAUGUCGCCGCCACCGGCAUCAUCGCUCCCUGUCUUGUUUGUCCAUAGACUGGAGUCGGAUGCGCGAUGUGUGGCUGAUGGAUGCGCGGAAAUUGAGCUUCGAUUGCAAUCGAUUAUCUCUCUCUCUCGAAGAAGAAGAAGAAGAAGAAGAAGAAGAAGAAGAUGAUGAUGAUGAUGAUGAUGAUGAUGAUGAUGAUGAUGAUGAUGAUGAUGAUGAUGAUGAUGAUGAUGAUGAUGAUGAUGAUGAUGAUGAAGAGGAGGAGGAGGAGGAUUAUAAAAUGAUCUGA